GGAGGGACGUCGCGCCCGCAGCGCCCGGCUCCGGAGCGCACAGCUCAAAGGCUGACCUGAGAGAUCGAGGGAGCCUGGGAGAUUCCAGGCGGGCUAGGGCACGGACAGUAAGUGUAUUUGGAGGGAUUUGGGGGCCGUAGACCCCAGGAAGCACGCAGGCGAAAGCAGGCAAGGGGCGGAGCCCCGAACCGGGCCACAGUGGCCGUCAGAGGGUCUGCUGGGAGGCAGUGGCUUGACCCAAGGCGAACAGGGAACUUUAGAGGGUAGCACGUUACUCAAAACAACUUAACUUGACAUCGCAAGCCCGGCAGACUGGUACGGCAUCCUGAGCUCAGCAUCCAUCUGGUCCUGGGGAGACAGGGCCAGCAGGUGUUCCUGUGGAAAGAGCCACGACAAGGACUCCAGAAAACAUCUCGGGCAGUCUCUACAUGAUGUCGCUUCUCAGGACUCAAGGACCAACCAUCCUACACCUCUGCAAUGGAGAAGGCAGAAAUGGACACACAAAGGCCAUCACUUCUCUUCUGUCAUUAACCACUCUGUAGACAUGUAUCCCCAUCAGAAGGUGUGAACCACACCGAGGGGUGUGGAGUUCUUGGGCCCCCAAACCACUAACACCUUUAACUGUCCCCUGGAGAGAAGGCAGAGCCAUGGCAUGGUUUGGCUACUGUUUGGCCCUCUUGGCUCUCACCUGGCACUCCUCUGCCUAUGGGCCUGACCAGCGAGCCCAAAAGAAGGGAGACAUUAUCCUAGGAGGUCUCUUUCCUAUCCAUUUUGGAGUAGCAGCCAAAGAUCAAGAUCUGAAGUCAAGACCAGAGUCUGUGGAGUGCAUUAGGUAUAACUUCCGUGGAUUCCGAUGGUUACAAGCCAUGAUCUUUGCCAUAGAGGAGAUAAACAGCAGCCCCGCCCUUCUCCCCAACAUGACGCUGGGAUAUAGGAUAUUCGACACCUGUAACACCGUCUCCAAGGCUCUGGAGGCCACCUUGAGUUUUGUUGCCCAGAACAAAAUCGAUUCUCUGAACCUGGAUGAGUUCUGCAACUGCUCCGAGCACAUCCCUUCAACCAUCGCAGUGGUGGGAGCAACCGGCUCUGGUGUCUCCACAGCGGUAGCCAACCUGCUGGGACUUUUCUAUAUCCCCCAGGUGAGCUACGCCUCCUCUAGCAGGCUUCUCAGCAAUAAGAACCAGUUCAAGUCCUUCCUCCGCACCAUCCCCAACGACGAACACCAGGCCACCGCGAUGGCUGACAUUAUCGAGUAUUUCCGUUGGAACUGGGUGGGCACAAUUGCAGCCGACGACGACUAUGGCAGGCCUGGCAUUGAGAAGUUCCGAGAGGAAGCCGAGGAGAGGGAUAUCUGCAUUGACUUCAGCGAGCUCAUCUCCCAGUACUCUGAUGAGGAAGAGAUCCAGCAGGUGGUGGAAGUGAUCCAGAACUCUACAGCCAAGGUCAUUGUCGUUUUCUCCAGCGGCCCAGACCUAGAACCCCUCAUCAAGGAGAUUGUGCGCCGUAACAUCACAGGCAGGAUCUGGCUGGCCAGCGAGGCCUGGGCCAGUUCCUCCCUGAUUGCUAUGCCUGAGUACUUCCAUGUAGUCGGGGGCACCAUUGGGUUUGGUCUGAAGGCUGGGCAGAUUCCAGGCUUCCGAGAAUUCCUACAGAAAGUCCAUCCCAGGAAGUCUGUCCACAAUGGUUUUGCCAAAGAGUUUUGGGAAGAAACAUUUAAUUGCCACCUGCAAGACGGCGCAAAAGGACCUUUACCUGUGGACACCUUCGUGAGAAGUCACGAGGAAGGCGGCAACAGGUUACUCAAUAGCUCCACUGCCUUCCGACCCCUCUGCACAGGGGAUGAAAACAUCAAUAGUGUCGAGACCCCUUACAUGGACUACGAACAUUUACGGAUAUCCUACAACGUGUACUUAGCCGUCUACUCCAUUGCACACGCCCUGCAAGAUAUAUACACCUGCUUACCGGGAAGAGGGCUUUUCACCAACGGGUCCUGUGCAGACAUCAAGAAGGUUGAGGCCUGGCAGGUCCUGAAACACCUACGGCACCUAAAUUUCACCAACAACAUGGGGGAGCAGGUGACCUUCGAUGAGUGUGGUGACCUGGUGGGGAACUACUCCAUCAUCAACUGGCACCUCUCCCCAGAGGACGGCUCCAUUGUGUUCAAGGAAGUUGGAUACUACAAUGUGUAUGCCAAGAAGGGAGAAAGACUCUUCAUCAAUGAGGGGAAGAUCUUGUGGAGUGGGUUCUCCAGAGAGGUGCCCUUCUCCAACUGCAGCCGGGACUGUCAGGCAGGGACCAGGAAGGGCAUCAUUGAGGGAGAGCCCACCUGCUGUUUUGAGUGUGUGGAGUGUCCUGACGGCGAGUACAGUGGUGAGACAGAUGCGAGUGCCUGUGACAAGUGCCCGGAUGACUUCUGGUCCAAUGAGAACCACACUUCCUGCAUUGCCAAGGAGAUUGAGUUCCUGGCGUGGACUGAGCCCUUUGGAAUCGCUCUCACUCUCUUUGCUGUGCUGGGCAUUUUCCUGACCGCCUUUGUGCUGGGCGUCUUCAUCAAGUUCCGAAACACGCCCAUCGUCAAGGCCACCAACCGAGAGCUGUCCUACCUCCUGCUCUUCUCCCUCCUCUGCUGCUUCUCCAGCUCCCUGUUCUUCAUUGGGGAGCCCCAGGACUGGACCUGCCGCCUGCGACAGCCCGCCUUCGGCAUCAGCUUCGUGCUUUGUAUCUCGUGCAUCUUGGUGAAGACCAAUCGAGUCCUCCUGGUAUUUGAGGCCAAAAUACCCACCAGCUUCCACCGGAAGUGGUGGGGACUCAACCUGCAGUUUCUGCUGGUUUUCCUCUGCACCUUCAUGCAGAUUGUCAUCUGCAUCAUCUGGCUCUACACGGCGCCCCCCUCCAGCUUCCGCAACCACGAGCUGGAAGACGAAAUCAUCUUCAUCACGUGCCAUGAGGGCUCACUAAUGGCGCUCGGCUCCCUGAUCGGCUACACCUGCCUGCUGGCUGCCAUCUGCUUCUUCUUUGCCUUCAAGUCCCGGAAGCUGCCAGAGAACUUCAACGAAGCCAAGUUCAUUACCUUCAGCAUGCUCAUCUUCUUCAUCGUCUGGAUCUCCUUCAUUCCAGCCUACGCCAGCACCUACGGCAAGUUUGUCUCUGCCGUGGAGGUGAUCGCCAUCCUGGCAGCCAGCUUUGGCUUGCUAGCCUGCAUCUUCUUCAACAAGGUCUACAUCAUCCUCUUCAAGCCUUCACGGAACACCAUCGAGGAGGUGCGCUCCAGCACUGCGGCUCAUGCUUUCAAAGUGGCAGCCCGCGCCACUCUACGCCGCCCCAACAUCUCCCGGAAGCGGUCCAGCAGCCUCGGGGGCUCCACUGGGUCGAUUCCCUCCUCCUCCAUCAGCAGCAAAAGCAACAGUGAAGACCGGUUCCCGCAGCCAGAAAGGCAGAAGCAACAGCAACCGCUGGCCCUGACCCAGCAAGAACAGCAGCAGCAGCCCCUGACUCUCCAGCCACAGCCACAGCAGCAGCCACAGCCGCCGAGAUGCAAACAGAAGGUCAUCUUCGGCAGCGGCACGGUCACCUUCUCUCUGAGCUUUGAUGAGCCUCAGAAGAAUGCUAUGGCCCACAGGAACUCCAUGCGCCAGAACUCCCUGGAGGCCCAGAAGAGCAAUGACACCUUGAACAGACACCAGGCCCUGCUUCCCCUACAGUGUGCGGAGGCGGACUCAGAAAUGACCAUUCAGGAGACGGGCUUGCAAGGUCCAAUGGUGGGGGACCACCAGCCUGAAAUAGAAAGCUCAGAUGAAAUGUCCUCAGCGCUGGUCAUGUCCACCUCUCGGAGCUUCGUCAUUAGCGGUGGAGGUAGCUCUGUGACGGAAAACAUACUGCACUCCUAAUGGAGGGAAAGGUUAUCCAGUUGAGAGUUUUUCUUAGAGUCCCAGGAAAAAGGAUGGGUCUUCCCAGGAAGCCAGGGAUAGUAGGUGCAUCAAAGCCUGUACUCAGUUGCACUGCUUUGAAUGACAGUGAACUGACUGGUGGGCUCUUUACAAGUUAGAAGAGCCAUGUUUUGGGUAUUGUUUUCCAGAGCUCAGUAUCAUACCUGGAUUUGCUGAAAUUUUUUCCUCUGCUCCAUCCACCACCAGCUCAGAUGAAAGCAAGGCUAUAAGCUACCCACCUGCUUCCCUCUAAAAAUGCUUAUAUCCAGAAAUCCCUACCCCGAGGCACAGUCCAGAUACAGAUGGAUGGGACAUCAGAUCUGCCACCAUUAAAGUUGAGUCUAAAAGCCAGAUAGUCACCGGGACUGUCUAUCACAUUGACAGUGGACAGAACUAUACAUUUGCAAGACAUCAGGCAGACAUGUCCUCUCCUAUUUAUAAAGACCUUAAGAAGUGUGGCCUCCCUGUUGCUGCUAUUGUGUGACAUCUGUUCCAUCUGCAUCCUUCCUGUGACAUCAUGCAUGGGUGUGUCCAGCACCUGAAGGCAAUGCCACAUUUAGAUCUCAGGAUCAUAAGCAUCACCUCUAAGCACCAGGAAAGGACUGACUCAACCCAACGAGCUGUCUCUGUAACUAAUAUUGAUGUACAUAGCGUAAUCCUUAAGAAACUGCUUCUGUUGUAAUAGUCCAUGGGCGAUUAUAAACUGAAAAAUGUCGCAGUCUAGAUUCUAUAAGGCAGUAUUAUUGAGUUCUGUUUUCCUUUCCCAUCCUGUACCCUCAUCCUGGUGAGCAGAGCCCAUGCAGUCCCUACAUAGACCCCAUGGCUCUAAUCACGCCCCAAGCCCCAUCCCUGAGCUAAAGGUUUUAUGAAGCCAAAUCCUGACCCUGGCUCUAUGGAGAAUAAGCUCCCAGAAGAAAGUGUGGUUCCCAGUGAGUGCCACUGUUCCCUCAGCAAUGAAAUUAACGUGCCCACUGCUAGGAACUCAGACUCUGGACGACAGAGACCAAGGUUCAGGCUCUGGCUUGGUCACUGACAAGAUGGGUGGUUAUAAGGUAGAAACCACAGCCUCUUUAAGCCCCAGCUUCUUUGAGUGUAUAGUAGGGAAUUACAGUUCUUUUCGGAUGAGUUAAGCAUGUGUACAUCACACCUUAGCACAGUGUCUAACACAUCAUACACAUUUAGGGUUGGUAAAUACGAUUAGCGAUAUAGUAACUACUAGUUUCCACUUGCUCAGACUAUGCCAUAGCUUGGACUAUGACACUAAAGGUCCUUAUGUUAACAGAUCUGUCCCUGGGGUGCCCCUCUUUGAAGGUCAUGGUGCCUUCAGGAGGUGGGACUUAGUAGGACAUCAUUCAGUCAUGGGAGGUGUGCCUUUGAAGGGGGUUAUGGGACUCUGGCCCCAUUCCCUUUUUCUUCUCUUUCCUGGCCAUACGAUGAACAGUUUUCUCUGACACAGGCUGACACACCAUUGCCAUCCAGCAUCCCACUAAAGAGCAUGGACCAGAACCUGCAUAAACAAAGCAUCAAGAUAAACCUUUUCUCUCUCCAGUUAUCUGAAGUAUUUGAUUACAGUGAGAGAAAGCUGACUACAGAAGAUAAAGCAAAAAGGCUUACUAAGAAUCCAGAUUUUAAUGUCUAAUCCACUGAUUACAAUAACUUUCUUCAGAGUAAGUCCCAGGUCAAGGUGUCAGCAGAAGCCAAAUGCUACCCCCAGCAAACCCAGUGUUUGGCUUCUGUGGCAACAGUACCAACUCGAGCACCAUCGCUGGUUAAUAAUUUAUCAGGGCAGGUUUCACCAAGCCAAGCCACACUGUGCCAAGACCAAGCCAUAGAACGUAAAUUCAUCAGUGGUCAAGAUUUACAGUCCAUGGCGAGUCUUCCUCUGGCCACUUCCUUCUGAGGAUUUUUAAAGUAAUGGGUUGGCAUUAUGACCAUAAAGACAAUGAGUGUGCAGUAGAGAGCACAAUCCUGUCCCAGAACACAAAACUGUCCCCAUGAGCCACCAACACACCAACCAGAAAGGGCGCAGCCUGUCAGAGCCUGCUGCCUUCUGUUGUCAGCCUCUGAGCAAGGCAGCAUGCUGAGUAAAGAUUUACUUCUAAAAUUUCACUUGGCAAAUAAAUAAAUAAAUAAAUAAAUAAAUAACACAACUGCAGCCAAAAGUUUAAUGACUUCAAAAACCUGUCACAAAACUGUGCAAACAACUUCAGUAAAAUGUCACACAUUCAUCCUUACUAGUCUGAUUUCAAUGCAUGCCUUCUGCAAAUAAUCUCCUCGUUCCAUGAUUUUUUUUUUUUAAAAAAGAAAGAAAACUGAGAAUCAUCAGGAAAAGCAUUGCACAAAGUGUUCAUUUUGCCGGGGGCUUACACAUCAAGUAAUGUCUUUGAACAUCCUCAUCAGAAAGGUAGAUAGGAAUUCUCAUUAUGUCUCUAUAGCAACCUAACAUUUAUCUCAAAUUCCUAUUUGGCCAGCAACCAAAGCUAUAGUUAAGUCAAAUUAGGGGUUUUCCCUGGAAAUCCAGAGUUUUCUGAUUCACAUUAUAUUUUUAAGUUCAGUUCAGAAGUUGUUGGGUUUUUUUUUUCUUCCUCUUUCCAGGUGAGUUGUAGCAUAAAGGAGGUGAGGGUCUUCAAUCAGGGGCAUGUCCUCUUAGCGUUCCUGAAGCCAUCUUGUCUGGCUCUCAGUAACUGUGUCUCCAAGCUGGCUUCCUGUAAUGUAUUUGUGGCAGUUCACUUUUUGUUACUGUAACAGAAUAAUCAAGCAGGCUAACUGUAUAGAGAAAAGAGGUUUAUUGAACUCAUACUUAUGCCCACUCAAGGGCCAAGACUAUACAAUUACCCACUGGUCACCACAAUGACAGGAAAACACUGGUAGGGACAAUUUCACCUCAGGAUAGGAAGUGAGAGGGUGAUUCAGGAGUCAGCUUUACUCUUAUAACAACUUAGUCUUAAGACUCCACAGUCCCCAUAAGAACACUUCAAUUCCUCAAAAAGAAGAUGACCUAUUGACCGAAAGUCCUUCCACAAGGCUACAACUCUCAGUGCGACCACACUGGGGCCAAGUUCCUAACGUGUGGAACCCCUCCCCCUUCAGAAAUUAUAUCUAAACCACAGAAACAACAUCUCUCCAUCCAGUUCCCACAGCAGCAUCUAUGGUGGUGUUCAUGGAUGGAUCACUGUCUCAGACAACUGGCCCUUCCUAGGCCUGCAAGUGCUUUCAGCUCCCUCCAGGUCCAUCCCACGGACCAGGAAUCCCUCUGAGCUCUCACAGAGGUUACCCCUUAUUGCUGCUGCCCAACCAUGCCAAUGCAGAGACUUCCUGUACUUUAGCGGGUAUACAGCGCACACGUGAGUGAGAAACGGGGUAAAAUGCUGACAAACCUGUGUGGACCUGGGCGCCUAGACAGAAUAACGUUCAGCCAAAGAUGCUGAGAGUUAUGUAUGACACCCAGAGCCUGUGAUUGUGUCAAAGUAACACUGGUCUAAGAUGCUCAUUCAAUUAAGAUUCCUUCCGAUUCGCCACAAAGUAAGAAACCGCAGAACCAUCAGUGUCAGGAAGAUUCCGGACAGCAUCCCUCCUCCAUCGCUUUGUGUGUGGAAGCGCAGGAGAGGCAAAGGGAUGCAGACUGUUUCUAGAAGCUGGACAAACUAAGGACACUGAUUUUUUUCCCCUGGGAGUCUCCAGGAAGGAAUGCAGAACUAGAGUACCUUGGUUUCAGCCCAGUGAGACCUUUGGAGGGCUUCUGACCUCUGGAGCUGUAAGAUAAUAAUAAAUUUGUGUUGUUUUAAGCCACUGAGUUUGUGGUCCUUUGCUUUAGCAACUAUA